UUUUUUUUUUUGUUUCGCAUAAUAAUAAUAGUUUGUUUCUUAUCAUUUAUUUAACAAAUGAAAAAAAUUUUAUUUUCUUUAAUCAUAUUCAUUCCAUCCUGUGUAGUACAUGCUAAUGCUGAUGAUUAUCAACAACAACAUGUGUUUCAUGAAGCACAUGUUCCAAUUGUAAAAUCAGUCGCCAUUAUUGGUGGUGGAGCCUCUGGGACUUCAACUGCCUUUUGGCUAAACAACGUUUUCUCUUCUUCUUCUGAAAAUAGUCCUAAUCAAAUAUCAAUUACUAUCUUUGACCGUAAAGAUUACAUUGGAGGUCGUAGUACAACCGUUCCCAUUAAAGGUAAUAGCUCGUUAGGGACCAUGGAGCUCGGAGCAUCUAUCUUUGUUGAAGCAAAUCAAAACCUCAUGAAAGCUACAGAUAAAUUUGGUUUAAAGCGAACAUCAGUUGAAGUAGAUGAUGAUAACGACGACAUUGAUCCUCUUGUUAAGAAGAAAAGAGAGGAUCGUCGUCCUGGACUUGGUGUAUGGGAUGGAGAACAAUUUGUAUUUGAGGAAACAGGAAGUUAUUACUGGGAUAGUCUAAAGGCACUUUGGCGAUAUGGUCUUAGUCCUAUCAAGUUUCAACGUAAACAGCAAGAGAUUGUAAAGCGUUUUUUGAACAUCUAUAACGAAACUCAACAACAAGAUGAAAUAAUGGAGAUUGUCAAGGACCUGGGACUCAAGGAACUCGUCAACAUGACAGCAGAGUCUUAUUUGAAAGACUUGGGUAUAAAUGAUCGUUUUUCUUAUGAAAUUCUGCAAACAGCGACUCGUGGUAAUUACUGUCAAGAUUUGAAUGCUCUUCAUGCUUUAGCUGUUAUGGUUUCAAUGGAAGCAAGUCAUGGUACAUGGGCGGUUGAAGAUGGAAAUUACCGUAUUUUUGAAGAAUUUGCUUCUCGUUCUGGAGCCGAUCUUCAGCUGAAUACUAAAGUUGUAUCUAUUAGUAAUAUCACCGAAGUGGAUACAAACGGUCAUCAUAUAAAUCGUUAUAGGGUUGAAACUUUAGACGGUAAAAAUCAGGUCUUUGAUGAAGUUGUACUUGCAGCACCUUUAAAGUAUUCAGGUAUUGAAUUUUCCUUUCCAACUGAAGAGGAACAAAGAGACUAUCAUGCAGUACAUGUUACUUUGGUUGCAGGAUAUCCUGAUCCAAGUUAUUUCGGAAGAACUAUAGAUCAUUUACCUUCAUUUAUCGUCACAACUGGUUUACCUUUAAUUCAUCAUUUUGAAAAUAAGACGGCUCCUUUCAAUACUUUUUCAGUACAUCGAUAUUUGGAAAAUGGAGAAAGUGUAAUCAAACUAUUUUCUCCUAAAGUAAUGGAAGAAGAAUUUCUCGAUCAACUUUUUAUUAAUAGAAGUUGGACUUACCGUACAGCAUGGCAUGCAUUCCCUAAACUUAAGCCUAUUGCCGACAAUCACUCUUUUCCAUCCUUCAUUCUUAAACCAGAUAAAGAAAAUGAUGAUUUUGGUAUUAUUUAUACAGGUGCCUUUGAGAAUUUCAUUUCUACUAUGGAAACACAAACGAUUGCAGGUAAAAUUGCAGCAAAAGUACUUUACAAAAAAUGGUGUAAUACGUUUAAUGAAUUUAAUAAGUAUUGUGGAGAAUUUGGUGAUGGAUGGGGUAAAAUAUAACUACUUUUUUUUUAAGGAUUGACUAAAUAAACAUCGGACAUAUUCUCCAAUUCAAUAUUUCGUCUUGGCAUAUUUUUUCCAAAGAAUGUAUGAAUUAUACGCCAUUCUUUCUCAGAAGUAGGCAUAGUGUGGUCUUUGUUUUCGAUAAAAACUUGAGAUACUUCUGCUGAAGGAGAACAUUUAUUUUUAAUCAUUUUAAAC